UUGACCUGGCUUCCUAAGGCUAGGAGGAAGUGUAUCCUCUGCCUUUAGCCAUAGCAGGUGCUCUUCGUGGAAAGUCUUAAGCAUGGUGCAAAGCCGACUCAGCAAAGCAAAAGAAAAGAUGCCAAGAUUCUACUGUACUAGCUAGCGGCCAUGGGAAUACCUUCCUUCUUCAGCUGGCUCGUGGGCAAGUACCCAAAAAUCGUCGGCACCAUCAUCGACGUCUACUCUGCCUCGUCAUCGGAGGACGAGGAGGAGGAGAAAGAAGAAAAGGAGGAAGAAGAGGGGGAAGAAGAAGAGGUUGAAGAAGAAGAUGACGAUGAAGAGGAUGAAGAUGAAGAAGAAGAGAUCAUCUACGACAACCUCUACCUCGACAUGAAUGAAAUCAUCCACAAAUGCUUCCGCCUCAACAACGGGCUGGUGUACAAUUGGUUUUUCGCUUACUUGGAUCGCUUGUUUCGCAUGGUCAGGCCAAGGAGGCUCCUUUACUUGGCAGUAGAUGGUGUCGCCCCUAUGUCCAAGAUGACCAAGCUGCGACAGAGGUACUUCAAAACUGCCAAGUAUCGCGCAGACUCGGAGGCUGAAGCGAUCCUCUUGACGGAGAUAUUCAGAGCUCAGGGGAAAGAGGUGAUGCCCCGAGAUACGUACGAGCUUCAGAAUCCUGUUGUCAAGAUGCCAGGGACGGAAUUCAUGGAGAAGAUAUCAGCAGCGCUGGAGUACUUCAUCCACGAACGGUUGAAUACGGACCCUGAAUGGAAAGACAUCAAGGUAAUACUUUCUGAUGCAAAUGUUCCUGGAGAAGGGGAGCACAAGAUCAUGUCUUUCAUUCGCGCGCAACGAAGCAUGGAAAACUAUGAUCCGAACACCCGCCAUUGUCUGCAUGGGCAUGAUGCAGAUCUGAUCAUGCUCGCGUUGGCAUCUCACGAAGUCCACAUUUCAAUUUUGCGGGAGUUCGAUAAUCCAAAUGGAAGGAUACCCGCAAGAUUUUAUCAGUUUGUGGACAUAUGGGUUCUGAGAGAGUACUUGGAGCUUGAAAUGAAGACACCAGGUUGCAAACAAGAUACCGAGAGACUAAUAGAUGACUUUAUCUUUAUUUGUUUCUUGACAGGAAACGAUUUCAUUCCACGGAUUCCUUCACUAGAGAUAAAUGAAUUUGCAGUUGAUCUUCUCAUUGAAGUGUACAAAACAACCUUCAACAAAAUGGGGGGCUAUAUGGUCAACACAGACAAAAUUAAAGAUAAAUACGGUGUGUAUCUGGAAGUCACAAGGUUAGAGAAGUUCUUUCAUGAACUGUCCUUGUGCGAAGAGAAAAUUUUACUCAAAAGAUAUGAACUGCAAGAGAAGUUACUGCACAAGAUACAGGGUGAAGCUGCAGUAAACGAAUGGGCCAAGGGAGAGGACAGGGGAGAGAAGAAAACAUCAUUUGCUCAGCAUUUUUUUUAUCCUGUAGAGACUUCCCUUGAAAGAGACUCUGACGAUGUGGUCAGAGAGAAUACCAGGGAGCUAUGGAGAACUGUGAGCGAUAUUUUCUGUAAUAAGGACGACCUUUUUAAAAAUGGAGCCUGCAAACAAGACAAGAUAAGACCAGGAUGGAAAUCCCGGUUCUACAGAGAGAAGCUUGGUGCCGAAACUUCUAAAGAAGUUGGAAGGCUGCAGACAGAAAUGGUUCAGAAGUAUUUAGAAGGAUUAUGCUGGAUGCUUCAAUGCUAUUUUUCUGAAGUUCCUUCAUGGACUUGGUGCUACCCAUUCUAUUAUGCUCCUUUUGCAUCGGAUUUCAAAUGUCUGUCUCGAUUCAACAUAUCUUUCACCAUGGAUAAACCACUAACACCAUUUGAUCAGCUCAUGGCAGUUUUGCCACCACAAAAGAAUGUUUUGUCAUGUGCCCUUCCAAAAUGUUACAGCAAAUUAAUGGGCUGUGAAGAAUCUAAAAUACAAAUGUCCUAUCCAACAGAGUUCGAGAUUGAUCCAGAUGGCAAACGUUUCUUGUCACAAGGUAUUGCAAAGUUACCAUUCAUAGACAAGGAACUGCUGCUUUCAGCUACCAAAAUGGUAGAGAAAGAUCUAACGGAGGAUGAGAUGGCACGGAAUAAUGCUCGGCAGGAGAGGAUCUUCCUGAGGAACUCGCAGAGUCUGGCAAAUACUGCAGCAUUUGUGGCAACAAUUUCAGACAAUGCACAGAAAAAGCUUUGGAUAGACACUAGUGAAAUCGGGGGAUGGUUCUCACCAGAUGAGAAGGAGGUUCAAAGCUCUGCGUUAAGAAAAAAUAAGGUUCAACACGCGUGGUCGUGGAUAAGAGAUCCAGACAUGACAGUAUCAGCAAUGUUCUUCAACCCUGAGGCAGUGAAGCCGAUUUCAAGACUGCUUGACAAUGUCAUAGUGCCUGACAAGACUAUAACUGAAGCCGACAUUCGGAAGAGGCCGCUGUGGCAAACGUACCCGGGUCCAAGGCCAAGGCCGCCGCAUGUCACCCACAGACCAGAGACCCAGUGGAGGGCGAGCACGCCGGCGACGCCGAGAGAAGAGCACAAGCUCGCCGGGGAGGGGUGGCUGGGACGGGGGAGAGGAAGCGCCGCCGCUGCUACCGCCGAUACACAGCAGAUCGGGCCGAGCGGCUAUGGGAGAGGUUCCCAGGGUGUGCAAAUGGCGCAGAGCCGAGGCGGCCGGUUCGACGGCGGUGAUGAGUGGGCAGGAGGAGGCGGCGGCGGCGGCACGGUGAAGAGGCCGGAGACGGAGGCGCGGCCCGUUGGGUUGUGGGCGAGAGGAGGCGGCCGUCGCGGGAGCGGGCCAGCCCGCGCGCGGUAGCACGUUCUAAUUCAUUUGAGGCCCGUUUCAAGCUUCGGGCUGGCGAAGCAGAAAAUCUAGGGGCGAGCCCAAAGCAGAAGUUUCAGGUGCCCAUGAGGUCAUCGCUCAUUUUUUUCUUCUAAUAGUGGUUCGUAAGAUAUUCUCCUUCACCUGACUUAGAGAUGACAGUAAAAAUAUGUGUACAAUGGAUAAUAUGUUAGUCUUAUCUUCAACGAAAAAGCGAGACCAUUUCGAACUAGCCUUUAAAGGCAUAUUUUUAUAAAA